UAGUAGUGUGAGGAGUGUGCUGACGAUGGUAGCAGUGGUGGUGGUAGUGGUAGCAAUGACAGUGUUGUCUGCAGUACUGCUGCCCUGUUUCAUAGUGUUCAUCGCUGGAGCACGACAUGAAAUACAAGCGAACGAACAAAACACUAACUAAAUAUGUGGAGUAAGCUGAAGACGGAUAUUUCUGAGGGUUGUCUACUACAUAUGUUAUUCAACAAAUACUACGAUCGGAGAAGGCGAAUACGAAAGUAAAUUUACAAGAGAGAACAAAAGAAGAAACAAGGCAAGCUAUUUUAACGGAAACCCGACGGUGUUUACGUCCGAGAAAAUGAAAAGAAGCAGAGGAUGAAUGAAAAGUAAAAAUAUUCAAUUGACAUAAUUUUGUUUCUACUUUGGAUGUAAUUAGAAGUGUCCUACUUGUAUUGAAGCAACUAUAUGUGGAUUAAUUAAUUCAUUAAUUAAUGUUUCCAUUUAUCCGAACUUUCAAAACGUCGUCUAGAAAAGAAAACUCGUAAUGCACAUUUAAUGUUAUACACACAUAUUAAUAAUCUGUUUACUGUUCUAAGAUUUUAAAAGACGUGUUCGAAAACGCGCAGAUUACGGAUUAUAAAAAAAAUCAUUUUCGUUGUUGUUUUCUUGUAAUUUAAACGUAUCUUUAGAUACGUGUCUAGGAUAAAGAGGAAUUAACACAAGUUUUGGAUUAUCUAUCUUUCUGUUGAUAUUGAUAUUCUAAGAAUAACGAUAGAGCAAGUGAACCAUAAAGAAUAUUCGAACUUCUUUCAGGGCAAAAUUAUUAGAUUCCUUUAUUGAUUGCUUUAUUUGCUUUUCCUGUUACUAACUUUCAGUUCAUUCAUUUUUCCUCUCUCCACUUAGUUUUUAUUUUACAAAAUAUAUUUGCUCCACAGUUUAUUAAAAAUAACAUGAUUUGUAAGCAUCCAAAACAUCUCUAUAAACUUUGACAUUGUAAAGAAAUGUUAAUGUAAGCCCUAUAUACAACUCUCUCUCUCACUAUAUAUAUAUAUAUAUAUAUACUUGAACAUAUUAUUUAACGUUAUAGUAGGAAAUACCAAGGUUGAAUUAAUGCCUAAUUGUAUUCUUAAUCUGCUCCAUUAAUAGAAAAAAAGUAAUAAAGCCUCGGAAAUUAACGAAUGAGAAGCGUGUUCUAACACGCCGCGAAUCAGCUACUACAAAAUUUAGAUUGUUUUUUUUUUUAAAUUUAAUUAAACGAAUCCAACAUUUAUUCCAGCCGAACAUUCCUUUUCAAAUUCGACACUGUAUAAAACGUAUUCGAGUGUAUGGGUGUCAACGGUUAAGCAUCGUUGACUUUCUUAAUGGGUUAAACUUAUUCAUAUCUUCGCCUAAGUAACUGGACUAAUGAGCAUUAAUUCGUGGCUUUCCGUCAGAAUUAUGACUUUCAUAUUGUUGAAUAGUUGUCUAUAUGUAACACCAUCUCCUACACCAGCAGUUAGCAAGUUCGAUCCUCCAUCACACCAUGGACAGCGGAAGUCUCAGGAAUCUUACCAAUACCAACAACAACGAAGACGUCUGCAGAGACAGUUGGCUCAACAACCAGCCAGCUAUUGUUUAGAAAUCUGGGACGACACCACUGUACCUUGUGAACAGGAUUUAAAUAACAUAUGCGUCAAUGAAAAUUGGUCUCUUCUGGAUUUUACCAAACGGAGAGACCAUGCAUCUUUAAUCGCAUCGUCAUUUAUAAACUCGAUUGAUUCUAACAUUGACAAAGACAGCAACAUCGAUGCCAAUGUCCAAGAAUAUGUUGGUCAUGGUGUACAAAGCCCUCAACGCAAAUUAACCAAUCAUCUAAACAAUCCAUUAUUUUCUUGGGGCCAGUGGAAAAAUACAUGUUUUCAAAGAUGGAUGACUUUAUUGAGGCGUCGUUUGAGUACGGCUCGACUCGGCGACUUAGUUAUUCCAGGCACUCAUAACAGUGCAUCUUUCUCUGUAUCACCAAAUGGUACUUUAGUGGAAAAACUUUGGAUUUCACGAGUUGCUUUGAGCCUUGGAUUCAGUAACUAUUUCAGCUCGUGGGCUAGAAACCAUGACGACGGAUUAGGUGCGCAGCUUAAUGCUGGUUACCGAUGUCUUGAUUUACGAAUCGCCUUGCUACCAAACGGAGGAUUUUACUGGUGGCAUGGGAUAUCUGGAGAGGCCAUUGAGUCUGGCUUAAAAGAAAUUGCUAAUUUUGCGACAGAGAAUCCAGGAGAGAUUAUUAUACUUCUAAUUUCCCACUUAAAUGCACCCGGUAACGGAAUUCAAGAGAAAUUACCAAUGCCAGGUGAGUCUAAGAUCAAACUUGGUAAAUAUUUAUUAUCUAUUUUAGGACCAAAUCUUGUCCCAACUCGGAACAUUUCUUUAAAUCCUACCUUAUCAAGUGUCAUCUCUACGAGACGUAAUGUCAUUGCUCUGAUCCGGGAAGAUAAAGAUUUAGUAAAUGCCUUCCCGGAUUAUUUCUGGAGCGAUGUCAACAACGAAACAGCUGUGGAAAUGUUUGAACGAAGAACUAACCCACGAAGUAUGUUUACACAUCGUUCUGACAUCAUGCAGAAAUAUAAGAGGAAUUUCCCUGACAGGUUAGCCAUCACACCAGCUUUCGUGACACACAAUGUUCCAAAUGUGUUGGGGGGAAUAUUAAGAAGCAAACGCGUGGCUUGGGCUCUUUCUUUAUUUUUGACAAUUAUGUUCUAUCGAUUAAUCCAAUCGUCCGAAAACAGGAACUUUACUAAAUUCUUUUGUACCGGACUAAAAAGACGGAGUCCCGUAAAAGCUGCUAAAGUCACUGUGAUAUGCAUUAUGAUUAUUAUGAUUUCUGUGUAUUUAGGGCAUCUGCAGCAUAGAACUAUACUAAGACUUUUUGGAUUCGAGGGCAAAGCCAGUAAUUUGCUAGAAAUGGCCCGAAUAGCCAAUCUUUGCGGAGACGAUCCAUCUAAAGCUAAUGGAGAGAUAAUGUAUAAAGGUAUUAACACUAUGAUCCGACACUGGUCGGAUAGAGAACAAGAAUACAGACUGAACAUCGUUCUGGUUGAUGAUUUUUCAUCCAGUCAAGCGGUGAGGACAGCUAUACAGGAAAACAUUCGAAGGACAGAUGUAGACAGAUAUAACACGAAAACAAAACUUAGUUGACGAAAUAACAGCACUGAACGCAUCACACAACUAGACACAUUAUCGUCCAUACAGUAUUAUAUAUAUAUAUAUAUAUAUAUAUAUAUAUAUAUAUAUAUA